AGUACGACUGGCGAGGGGGACCGGCGGAUCCGGGGCCCGGGGUCCCCGCCCACGUCGGCCUCCGGGUCUCCCUCGGAGCGGCCAUUCCGCACGCGGACGAUAGGGCGGCACUCGGGAGCGCGGGGCGCGCGGGUGACGGGGAUUCCGACCAGUUCUGCUCUACGGUCCCCCCGAGCCGUCGGCGCCCUUCCCAGCCCCGCUCCCAGGUGAACCCUGGUGAGGCGCCGAGAGCUUCUAAGUCUCCUAUGGGGACUGAAGGGCUCAGCUCGGAUUUUAGGGCCGUUCGUCCUCAUAACGGCCCAGAGGACAGAGAGCAGGCCUCGCGGGGCAGGACGCGGGCCCGUGUCCGCGGAGGGCGAGUCCGAGUCUGCGUCCGCCAAGGAAUCGCCCCCUCUCCACGGGCCGCCCGGAGGGUCGGCGCGGCUCCGCCUCCGGCAGCUGAGAAAACGCGGAGAGCGGAUCCUCGCGGGGUGGAGGGGAGUGGCGCGCCGGCCCUGCGCAUGCUCGGUGCCUCCCGGCAGGUCUGCGGAGUUCCACUCCGCGCGGUAGUGAGGCCCCCUUCGCCCCUCAUGGCGGAGCCCGGGACCCCGCGGGGCUCGGUUCUGAAAGAUGUGGUGGCUUAUGUUGAAGUGUGGUCAGCCAAUGGAACAGAAAAUUAUUCAAAGACAUUUACAAAUCAACUUGUGGAGAUGGGGGCAAAGGUUUCAAAAACUUUCAACAAACAAGUGACUCACGUCGUGUUCAAAGACGGGUACCAGCGCACUUGGGACAAGGCUCAGGAGAGGGGCGUGAAGCUCGUGUCCGUGCUCUGGGUGGAAAAGUGCAGGACGGAGGGGGCGCACGCGGACGAGGCGCUGUUCCCUGCGGCCAGGCCUCCGGAGCACCUGCCAUGCCUGGUGAGAAAGAAGCAUAAGUGUAUGCAGCCUAAAGAUUUUACUCCUAAAACUCCAGAAAAUGAUAAGAGACUUCAAAAGAAAUUUGAGAAGAUGGCUAAUGAGCUACAAAGGCAAAAAACAACUCUGGGCGACGACGUCCCUGUGCUCUUGUUCGAGUCCAGUGGGUCACUGGUGUACAGCCCCACCACCGCGGUGCACCGUGGCCAUCACCUUGCCAUGGAGAAGAGGUUACAGGAGAUGAAGGAGAAGAGGGAGAAUCUCUCCCUCACCUCUUCCCAGCUGAUGGAGGAGCCUUGUGACGACUCUUCGUGGGAAGCGUCUCUGGACAUUUCACGUGACACCGCUUUGUGUUCAGACGACUCCUUGGCUGGCGGCCUGCAGUCUUCUUUCGAUGAGCUGUGUGGAGGCUCAGGCUGUGGGCAGCAGGACAGGAGCCGGGGAGGACGCACCAUGGAAACACGCAGUGCGCAUCCGUCCGCCUCCCCCCAGCACUGCAGCCGGUCAACGCCUCGGAAACCCACUCGGCCUGUCCCGGAGGAGGAAGGAGGUGGCUGGAGAGGCGCUGCAGGAGGGGCAGUUGCCCCCCACGCGGGGCCGUCUGCGCAGGUGGUGAAGAUGCGUGGUGAGAAGCGCAGUCUGUCUCCUGUGCCGCCUGCACCGAAGGGCUGCCGUGUGGGACGUCCAGGCCCCGGGGGCUCCUCGGAGAAGAGAGGAAGACCGUCGGAGCACCGGGAGUCACCCCGGGAAGGGAGCCUGGAGAGAAGGCAGUGUGGCAGGGAGCCCCCUGCACCCAGAGUGCGGCUGUUCCAGGCGGAAAAGCGCCAGCAGCUCACGGCCUGGCCUGCAGUCGAGCCCUGGGACUACGCAGCGUCCUCGUACGAGGAUUACUUCUCCCCCGAAAACCUCAGGGAAAGGAGCUCCGAGACUCUCCCUCCUGGGCAGCGGUCCCCUUCCAGCCCUGCUCGGUUCGCGUGCGCUGCGGGCCUUUCUAAGAGGCAGAGAACGAGUGUCUUGGAGAUGGCCGAUUUCUCCUGCCUCGGCCGGAGCCUCACGUCCCCCGACCUCGCCGGCUCCACGGCAAAACGGAGCGCCCGCCUGGGGGAACCUGCGAGUGUCCAGCCGGACACAGCUUUGGGCCGCGUGGCUCCCGAGACACCACCUGCUGCUAAAGGAACCUCAGGGUGUCACCAACAGGGUGAGGUUCGGACGGAGGAGGGCACGGGCCCCGAGGGGAGUGGCUGUCCCUGCACAGACCCUGAGCUCACACACCCACCUGCACAUCCUGGGGGCGCCACUCCCACAGAAGGAAACGACAGUGAAGUGAAAGACUCGGUGGGCGUCUUCCCAGGCCUGCAGGAAGAAGACCCCACUUCCAGAGCGCCCAGUGCCUCCGAAGGUGUGGAAGACGGGCCCGCCAGGCACGGUGACUUGGAAGGCUCGCGGGCAGGCCGCAAGGACCGCAGUGGACCGCACGAGGCAUCACAGAGAAGAGGGAAAGGCCAAAAGCCGACGAGGACGUUAGUCAUGACGAGCCUGCCGUCUGAGGAGCAGAGCAUCGUCGUCCAGGUGGUCGCCAAACUGAAAGGCUUCUCAGUGGCCCGCGAAGUGUGCGGCAGCACCACGCACGUGCUGGCCGGGCAGGCGCUGCGCACCCUCAACGUGCUGCUGGGCCUGGCGAGAGGCUGCUGGAUCCUGUCCUACGAGUGGGCGCUGUGGUCACUGGAACUGGGUCACUGGAUUUCUGAGGAGCCGUUCGAACUCUCCGCCUCCUUCCCUGCAGCUCCGCUCUGCCGCCGCGAGCGCCACUUGUCCGUGGGGCCAUACCGGGGGACCCUGUUCGCCGGGCAGCCCCCGAUGUUCAUCUCCCCGGCCAGCGACCCGCCCAGAGCCAAGCUGUGGGAGCUGGUCCGCCUGUGCGGGGGUCAGGUCACAGGCGUCCCUCGCCAGGCCAGCAUCUUCAUCGGGCCCUGCCACGGGAAGAAGGACGCCGGCACGCACCUGUCGGAGAAGUGGAUCCUAGAUUCGAUCACUCAGCACAGGGUCUGCGCCUGUGAGGACUACCUGCUGCAGUGACAGGGGCGUCCUUCCACACACGGCACCUGCAGGCGGCCGCACAGUGUCACCGGGUGGCCCACUGACCCAGACUGUAAGGCAGGGACCGCCCA